AAAGGAGCCAUCCCAAUGGAUGGCCUGACAACAUCCAGGAGAGAUUUUGGACUUCACAAAAUAGCGCCAAUGAAAUUCCACGAGCGUGAACCGUACAUUCCAAGCGAAGAGCCUAUGGAUUUACUCUCAACGUAUAAACAAGACUUCAACUACAUCCGUGGCAGUCAAGUUGGCCCCGUCAAACCUCGGGACAGUAAGUUUCCACACGGUGACAAGAUACAGUAUCUGCCUUCUUACAAAGCUGAUUAUUUACCCUGGAACCAACCAAAACGAGAGCCUAUUCACCCAUCACACAACUACAGGCCACAGUCUACCAGCUUUGAAAACAGGACCACACAUCAGGACGACUAUGCCCUGAAAGGCCUUGUGACUACUGUGAGCUGUAAGCCUGCAAUCAAGACAAAGCUCUGUAAUGUCCCCUUUGAGGAUCUGACUAACUACAAGAUGGACUAUGUGCCCCACCCGGUGGAGAAACCCUUUGUUAAAGAGGCAGAAAAAUUUAGACCCUGUGACCUUCCCUUUGAGAACCUGACCACCCACAAAGAGUCCUUCCGAGGCCUCCGGGGGGAGCCUGCCAAGAGCUCAAAACUUCCAGCCAAGUGGUCUGCACAAUGUAUACCUUUUUCAUACACCACAGAGGCCCAAGAUAAGUACCAAGCUUGGCCAAGGGCCCAGUUGUUUUCCAAAGAGCCCAUCGAGUAUAUCCCUUCUGAUGAGAAGAUGGAUCUUCAGACAACUACGCAAACCCACUACAGAUACAUUAAGGGUAGCCGAGCUCAAUCUUGCAAACCCCUGCUUUCUGUCAAGAAGGGUGGCCACUUUGAAAGCUCCACCACCACCAAGGAGGCCUACAAGCAGUGGGCAGUCAUGAACACAAAGCCGAUCAAACCCGUUCCCCAUCUGUCCCUGCCUACUGAGCCUUUGGACUACCAGACCACCACCAAGACCUGCUAUGUGCCCCACCCACUGACCAGUACUAAAAACUACAAGCCCCUCUGGACUGGUGCUCGAAGAAACAUCCCCGUGGAGGGGCAGACUACUUACUCCAUUAGCUUUACUCCCAAGGAAUUGCGCCUGUGCCCAGCAUCAUACUCAGAGCCUCCUGGCUAUGUCUUUGAAGAAGUGGAUGCUAUGGGGCACAGGAUAUACAGGUCAGUUUCUCAGGCAGGUUCUAGGCAGGACAGCUGUGUUUCUAUACAGGAUCCAAAAAAGCCUGGCCAGAAGGAACUGGAAGUGUCAGCCUGA